AUGGCGGUUGUGUGGCUAAAUAGAAUAGAAAACAAUAAUAGAUUACAACAUGUUGGCGGUCAAGUGCGAAGAGAGUACAAUUUUGACUAUGAAAAGUACACUGACGAGGAGUUCAGAAGACGUUACAGACUGACCAAAGACGCCUUCCAGGAAUUGUUGCGUUUGGUAACACCAAUGAUAGCCCCUCAUAAUGAAAGAGGCAAUCCAAUCCCUGCAGAUAUACAGCUGCUACUUACAUUGCGUUUCUAUGCCACUGGCACCUUCCAGAUGGCUUGUGGAGAUCUCUGUGACAUUUCCCAGUCAUCUGCAAGUCGUAUCAUCAAAAGAGUAUCAGAAGGUAUUGCUUCGCUUAAACCACAAUUCACCCGGUUUCCUGAAGGACAAGAACUUCAAAAUAUGAAGCUAGGAUUUUGGAGGAUAGCCGGUUUUCCAGGCGUUGUGGGUGCUAUCGACUGCACUCACAUCAAAAUACCAUCUCCAGGUGGUGUGGACGCAGAACUGUACAGAAACCGGAAGGGCUACUUCUCUAUCAACGUUCAGGCUGUAUGUGGUUACAAUUUGGAGAUGUUGCAUAUCGUGGCCCGGUGGCCUGGCAGUGUACAUGAUGCACGAAUAUUUGACAACAGUCGUCUGUGUGCACAACUUGAAAGAGGGGGUAUAGAAGGUAUUCUGCUAGGCGAUGGGGGUUACGCGUGUCGUCCAUAUAUGAUGACUCCAAUAAUAAACCCACUUACAAGGCCAGAGCGUUGUUACAAUGCUUCUCAGGUACAGGGUACGUAUCCGAAAAACAGUUGA